GCUCUACAUUUGCCAAAGCCAAGCCCGAAAUCCCCUGGACAUCGCUAACUCGGAAGGGAAUUGUGAGAGUUGUAUUUUUUCCAUUAUUCAGCCAGUGGUGGAUACAGGUGACUUCCCAACGCAUUUUCAUGUGGCUCCUGGUGCUCUACGUUAUGCAAGUCCUAGCAGUGGUGUUGUACUUCAUGAUGCCCGUCGUGAACGCGAGUGAGGUGAUGGGACCCAUGUGCCUUAUGCUGCUGAUGGGAACCGUCCACUGCCAGAUCGUGUCCACCCAGGUGCACCGGCCCUCGGGCAACCCCGGGCUGAGCAGGCGCCGGAGGAAGUUACGCAAAUCUGUGGGUGUCGAUGGCAACAGUUGGUCUUCUCCUGACACAAACAGUAAAGAAGAGCAGUCUGACUCUGCAUCUGUUCUGAAUUUAUUCAGUACACUUUUCCACAGGAGGCUUAGAAGAGCGAAGUUAGUAGCUGAGAAAGGGACUGAGACAGAAAAUGGUGUGAACGGUGUGACUGAUGGCAUUAAACACAGACACGCCAGAUCUGAAUACAGGCACUUCAAAGAGAAAAAUAAACUUUCUGAUGGGGAAAAGAGCCAUCAGGUACUGGGCUGCACCCACAGAGGCGUCUCCGAGGAGCUCUCCAGCGAGGAGGAUGCUGAAGCAAUGGCACAGAGGGUCCUGCUACGCCAGGCUGUGGAAGGUGCUUCCAGUGACAACAGCUAUGAAGAGAAGAAGAGGCCUCUUCUUUCUCUGAACCAGGCUGUCUCACAGGUCAAGCAAACCCUGAAAGGUGCCAGAGAUUCUGAUAGUGUCGUGGAAUCUGAACUAGAAUCCACAUUAUAUAGUCAG